AUGACGACGACGCCGUGCGACGAAGUGGACGACGAGACGUUCUACGCGCCGCUGCGCGACGCCUCCGACGGAUCGUACAAGUUCCUGUGCGACGGCGAGUGGCGCUCGGCGUCCGCCGCCGCCGAUCAUCCCGCGGGCGCGUCUUCGCGUCGUCCGAAUGUCGUCACGAACGCGAACCCGUCGAGAUCGAACGCGCCCGCGUUCUCGUUCCAGGCGUGCACCGCGGACGACGUCGACGAGGCGUACGAGCGCGCGAAGAUGGCGCAUAAGCGAUGGGCGCGCACGCCGCUUCACGAGCGCGCGGCGGCGCUCCACCGCGCCGCGGCGCUGAUGCGCGCGCACUGGAAGCCAAUCGCCGACGCGCUCGUGGCCAAAUCCGCCAAAGACGCGAAAGCCGAGGUGGCGCGAAGCGCCGACCUCGUCGACUACGCCGCGGAGGAAGGCCUCCGAGCGCUGAGCGAGGGAGGGCUGCUGCACAGCGACGCGUGGAAGGGUACGUCGCGGUGCAAGCUGUGCAUGGUGACGAAGGUGCCGCUCGGCGUCGUGUUGUGCAUCCCGCCGUUCAACUAUCCCGUUAACCUCGCCGUGUCGAAGAUCGCGCCGGCGAUCAUCGCGGGAAACGCGGUCGUCGUGAAGCCGCCGACGCAGGGCGCGGUCGCGGGGUUGCUCACGGCGCAGUGUUUCGCCUCCGCGCUCACCGGGAUGCCGCCGGGGCUGAUCAACGUCGUGACCGGCCGCGGGAGCGAGAUCGGGGACUACCUGACGUCUCACCGAGGCGCCAACUGCAUCUCGUUCACCGGCGGCGACACCGGGAUCAGCGUCGCGAGGAACGCGCGGAUGGUCCCCAUACAGAUGGAGCUCGGCGGGAAGGACGCGUGCGUGGUGUUCCCGGACGCGGACUUGGACCUCGCGGCGGCGGCCAUCGUGAAGGGCGGGUUUUCGUACAGCGGGCAGCGGUGCACGGCGGUGAAGGCGCGUUCUAUUUCCACUCUGAUCGCCGACGCGCUCGUCGAGAAGGUGAUCGCGAAAGUCGAGAGGCUGACCGUGGGUCAGCCCGAGGACGACGCGGACAUCACCGCGGUCGUCAGCGCCAAGUCCGCGGACUUCAUCGAGGGUUUAGUCGACGACGCGCUGAGUAAGGGCGCGGUGGCGAUGACCGGGUCGUGGCGACGCGAAGAGAAUCUGAUCUGGCCGACGCUCGUCGACCGCGUCACGGACGACAUGCGGCUGUGCUGGGAGGAGCCUUUCGGGCCGGUCGUGCCCGUCGUGCGCGUGACGGACGAGAUCGAGGCGUUGAGGUACGUGAACGAGUCGAAGUACGGCUUGCAAGGGUGCGUGUUCACGAGGGACGUGGACCGCGCGAUUCGAUUCGGGGACGCGAUGGAAACCGGGACGGUGCAAAUCAACGGGCCGCCCGCGCGAGGGCCGGAUCACUUCCCGUUCCAGGGGUUCAAAGACAGCGGGAUCGGGUCCCAGGGCGUGAGGAACUCGAUCGAGUGCAUGACGAAGACGAAGAGCACGGUGAUUAAUCUCUCCGCGCCUUCGUACGCGAUGGGAGGGUAG